UGUUUUGUGGUUAGGUUAACUCAGUUCGUCACAGACGUGGUGCCUCAGUAAUUGAGGAAAUCCACCUAGGUAAAGCACGCCAAGACGCUUACGAGUUCAUCAUAACUGCUGGAUGAUGGAGCCGUCAAUGUGCUGCCGCCUCAUCUUGCUCGGUGGCAUGUUAAUCACUGUCGCGGCCAGCAAUUUCACCAUUAACAGCACUACUACCAUCACACCCCGGCAUGAUAAUUAUACAAAUACAACGGCAAACUGGACUCGCAGAGAAAGUUAUCCCAUCAAUGUGACAUCGACUGUACUCCCUUCCACCAACACUUCAGGGCGGACAGGAGCACCAGCGAAUAAAACGACCACUAUCCACGGAUCAAUAGGACCGACUGCAACUAUACUGAAAUCAUCUUCUACGACGGGGCUGAAGCAGUCAGUUACAACCAGACAAACAGUAACUAACAGCACCGAGGGAAACACAAGGUUCCCUAUCAAAAACAUCGCGUAUAUCAUCAUAAUCAUCAUCAUAAUUGUCGCCGUUCUUACCAUACCAAGUUUCUGCAUAUUGAAAAAGAAAAAGGGCUACAACGUGGACAAUCAUGAGGAUGCCGGAGUUCCGCUGAGCGCCAUGGACCAGGACGCGUCCGAAUGCUCGUCGCCAAAAGAAAUUACCCCAGAGCUGAAGAUGUUCACAGCUAGCGAGACCAGCGCAGAAGCGAAGGGGCCGCUGUCAGACGCUGUGCACGUCGCAGUGGAAGAUGGGAAAGGUGAAGCGGGGAACUCUGUCAAGCAAGGCAGCACCAGUGCUCCGGCCCCCAUGGACCAGUCUGAGGAGAAGCUGGACGACAUCAAGCUAGGGGACACCGAUGUCUCCAAUCAGACCUCUGUGGAGUCGCUGAAGGACCUGCCCAAUGAGAACGGAAGCAGUGGCCCAGGCGCAGAUGUGCCGAAAGCAGCGGAGGCCACCAGCGCCCCAGCUCUGAGUUUCUCCGAGGUCAAACUGGACGAGCCUGUUUAAGAUGACGUUCAUCUGGUGGGAUGGAUCUCACAUGAAUCUGGACAAGCAGAGUGUGAAGUGGAAAUCGGCAAGCAGAGGCCGCGCCGAUGUCCACCCGUGGCUGAGCACCACGGUCAACUGCUUGAGGACGACGUCUCGAAGCUCUUUUGACGCUUGCAUCACUCUAUCGCUGCUCUUUACCUGCUUUUAUUUCCAUCUGGGCUAAAUAAAAACAAACAAUACACUCUGCCAUUGAACAUAAUGCUGAUGCUAAUAAUUCAUGCGGCGCGUAUUGAAUCUGCACACUAUUGAUACCGCACUAAAGCAUCAAGUACUUACAUUAAAAUAAUACAUGAGUGUGCAGUUUAUGUAGGGUAAGUUAACCUAGACUGGGCCCUGUUCAGCUUAGUCCUGCCGACGCCUUUCACAUGAUUAGCCUGAUCGUACUGUAGAAUAGGCACUAGCUAUGUGUGUUACAGAAAAGCCACUGGAUUUGGAAGAAUUUAUGGCGGAAAAUGACAACCGAGAACAGAGCACAACGCAUCACUGCACAUGAGAAAUGAUAGGAAAUGAUAGAACGAGGUGUCGGUUGUUUUAAUUUUAAAUGUGACUGCAGGAGUCAGUAGGAGUGUAUGUUUGUGAUUUGUAUUCAGUGAGUUCAGCAGUAGUUACUUUCCAUAUUAUUUUGUUUUUUCUGCAAUCUUCUUUUUUUAGUAUGCUUGCCAAAAUGCAUAUAAAUGCAAGAGUAGAAAAUGCUGUUUUAUCAGGAAGACAGUGUAAGAAGUGCAUUAUUCAGUACAAUAAAAAAGUUCAUUACUUUUAUCUCA